UGCCUCGUGUCUGCACACCUCACCUCAGAGCCACCACACCGCUCUCUACGCGUCUCCCACGUACACUCUCACACGCGUCAGGGCCCGAGGCAACAAAUCCUCCUUCCGCGGAUUCAUGGCGCCGCGCUAUAAGUCUCGUCACGACCCUGCUUGCCAAAGCACGGCAGCCUGUCUAGAGAUUCCAGCAGCAUCGUCGGCUAGUCCAAACUGAAGCAAGGGAGGUCGAGCGGCAUGGAGUCGGGCAAGGAGGCCGCGGCGAACGCCGGCGCGUCGGCGCGCGCCGGCAUGGAGAAGACGAGGGCCGCCUUCCAGGGGCAGGUGGACAAGGCGGCGGCGUACACGACAGGGCACAGGGAGGCGGCGGUGGUGAAUAAGGAGGCAGCCGAGGUGAAGAAGCAGCAGCGGAUGCGCGCCGCCGAGGAGGAGAAGCAGCGCGCCGUGCGAGACAACGCCGCAGCCAAGGAGCGCGCUGAGACGGAGGACCGCCACGGCGGCCACAGCCCUGCGAGCGGCCAGAGCAAGGAAUGAGGCGCCCGCGCGUCGCCGGGGCACGGCGGCGCAUGACCCGAGCGACCGGCCCGGUGUGAUCCAGCUGUUAUACGUAUCCAUUCAUGUGGUGUUACGUGUUAACCGUGUCGUGUGUGUUUUCCGUAGCUCGCGUAUUGGUGGUGUUUUCCGCUGCUGCUUGUGAUGUGUAAUCGGACGAGAUUUGUGUGUAAAAUUGUUAGUACGGAUGGUACUCCCUAGUCCUUCUAAAGGUUUCAUUUUUCAGCAGAAGGAAUAAUGUUUUUGUGUUAAAA